AUGGGUCCAACAGACAGCUUCACAGAUAUGGGCCUUCAUUACCGGGAUAUACUCCUUGGCCUUAUUGUUUUUACUGUCCUUAUCAUACUAAGUCUCGUGGCAUGGGCACUGGCAGUUCCCAAACGACCAAAACGCACCAACUUGCCCGUGUACCAUGUUACUAUGGGAACUGACGCAGCAAAGAUCCUCGAAGAGGCACAUAAAGAGUACGUUCUUUGGGUACUCAAACCUAAGAGUGCAAAUACUAACGCCAGUCAGUGCCCCGACACGCCUUUCGUCUUGUCACAGUUUGGGUUGGAUGCCGUUAUUUUGCCCACCUCAGAAAUCGAAACUGUAAAGUCACUCCCUGAAUCAGAGCUCUCGAUCAAGCAUCACCAUUACAACGUCUUUCUUGGCGAAUAUUCGUACAUGGGAACCAAGGCCGACGAAUUUGAUGCCACCGUACGCCACACUCUAGCUCGCAACACGCCCGUUCGACUGGAGUCUUUUACCGCAGAAGUGAAGCACGCAGUAGAGACCUGCAUCGGUAGAUGCGAGCGCGAAUGGACGCCGGUUCGUGUGCGGCAUGCCAUGUCUAGAGUCGCUUCUAUUAUGUCUGGGCGUGCUUUCGUUGGUCUCCCACGAAGUCGAGAUCCGGAGUGGGUUGAAGCCACUACUAGCUACACCCAAGACGUCUCUCGUGCAUACAUCUACCUGCGAGCACUGCCGUGGUUCGUUAAGCCAUUCCUCGCCCCGUUCUCGGCCCAAGUAAAGUCCUUACUACGGCACAGACAAAUUAACGUGGAGAAGUUGGCGCCUCUACUUGCCGCCAAACAACAUAAAGCUGGCAACAAGCAGAUUGAGUCCAAGGUCCAUAAUCCGCCCGGCGGCGAAAUGCUCGACUGGUUCAUCUCCCACUACAGCAAGCCGCCCACUGUCCAUCAGCUAGCCCGCGAUCAGCUUCUGGCUACGUUUGCGUCGAUCUACAACCUGUCAAAUGCUCUGUCAUAUAUAGUCUUUGAUCUCGCAGCCUACCCGGAGCACAUCGAAGAGCUGCGCCAGGAGCUCAAGGAGGUCGUAGGCGAGAACGGUAUGAUCGACAAAGUCACACUGCCCAAGCUGCGCAAGUUCGACAGCUUCGUUAGAGAAUCGCAAAGACUGAGUCCUCCAUCUAUUGCGAACAUCCCACGCUAUGUCAAAAGCCCAUCCAGCUUCCGCACCUCAACUGGCCAUCUGAUUCCUCAUGGCUACACAGUCAUGGUCCGGGCCGAGCCUAUCAACAGAAAUGCCAAUCUGUGGCCCGAACCAGAUAAGUUCGACGGUUUCCGCUUUUCUAAACUCCGUGAUCGUCCUAGUAAUGAGAUGAAGUAUCAGCACAGCAGCACUGGUACCGACAAUAUCAAUUUUGGCCAUGGAAUCUGGGCGUGCCCAGGGCGGUUCUUUGCGUCAGCAGAGAUCAAGAUUGUCAUGGCGUUUCUCAUUACGCAUUAUGAUAUCAAACUUGUGCCGGGUAAGGGAAAGCCAGGCAAAUUCCAUUACGGGUUUGCUAUUCUGCCUGACACUGAGGCGGACAUUCUUUUCAAGAGGCGUGAGGCUGUCGCCCUGUAG